UCUCUCUUCCUGUUUCAUUCUGGAGUGGAGGAACAUAUUCAAGGUCCAGUAACUGCUAAGACUCGCCCCCUUUGGACUAUUGCGCAGAUGUUUGGAGAUAACUUGCGUGUGGUGUGCACGGUGCAGGCAUAGGCACCCAGGAGUGCUACGUUGGUUGAUCAAGGUGCGCCCGUUUUUUAAGGGGAUGGAGACUUAGUUGCAUUUACCCGAAUAAGUUUGAAGGAAUUGCCUCAAAAUGGUUCUUCAGCGCAUAUUCCGUGCUGUCGUGAUGGGACCUCCGGGUUCAGGGAAAGGAACGGUGUCUUCGCGUAUCACCAAAACUUUCGGACUGAAGCAUCUCUCGAGCGGAGAUCUGCUCAGAGCAAACAUCGAAUCCAAGACUGAGCUGGGUCUGCUGAUGAAGUCGUGCAUCGACCACGGCCAGUUGGUACCUGAUGAUGUCAUCUCCCGCCUCAUCCUGAGCGACCUGCGGAAAAUGGGGAACAGCAGCUGGCUCUUAGAUGGUUUUCCCCGGACCGUGUCCCAGGCGGAGGCCCUGGACGGGGUCUACAGUGUGGACACGGUCAUCAACCUGGACGUUCCCUUCCAGACAAUCAAGGAGAGGCUCACCUCCCGCUGGACCCACCUGCCCAGCGGAAGGGUCUACAACACAGACUUCAACCCGCCCAAAGUGGCUGGUGUGGAUGAUGUGACCGGGGAACCACUGGUCCAGAGGGACGACGACACCCCGGAGACCGUCACCAGGAGACUCAAGGCCUACCAGACCCAGACCGAGCCAGUCCUAGAGUACUUCAGGAGUAAAGGGAUACUGGAGGUCUUCUCCGGCACAGAAACCGACAAGAUCUGGCCCCAUGUGCAGACCUUCCUGACGAGAAAACUCUCCUAAAACGGAGGACGCUAGACUGGUCUGUAUGUACGCUCCAGAGAUCGGGCGUCACAAUGACCUUUCAAUUUAGUGCCAUGCUUAUUGCAGCAACACUCCAGUAGAUUGUAUUUAAUAAUGUCUUAAAGAUGAGUAACAAGGGAUCCAUCAAUAACGAUGGCUCGCGUUUCCUAUAGGCCCAACUGCUCCUUUUGUAUUUAUAAAGGUGGUGGCUUUUAGAUGGUACACUUUGCAUAAUUAGAUGUCCUUGUUCCAUGGUUUUGCCUUUCUGAACCUGAAUAAUGACUCAUGUAACACAACUUUCAAAAAAGGGAAUCGUCCAAUCAAAGCUUCUGUAAUUAGUUUUGAUUAAUUUGAGUUUAUUUGAUUUUACUUUGUCUAUCCACAUCUAAAAUAGAUGUAAACCACUAACUGGUGGCAAGCCAUAUGCUUUCCUGAUUCUGUCUUGAAUAGAUGCACCUCAUGUGCUUUCUUCUUAAAAUGUUGAAUGAAAAAGCAAUACUCAAUGCUUAACUUCCUGUGAAAAAAGUAAUCUUGAUUGUUUGGUGAAAUUAUGAAUAUAUAUAAUUAUAUAAAAACAUGACUAUCUGGCUCAUGUACCCAAUGCACAGUGACAGGAGUACGAUAUGAAGUGCCUCUGAGAGUUAUUUGAUAAUUUUGUAGGUCUAGACACAGAAAUGAUGAGUGCAAGAGAUGUGACCAAAUAAUGAAGACGUCUCAUUCAUUGAUUUGUGGUAUAUUAUUUUUUCUAAGUCUUAACCUGUUAUCAGGAACCAAUGUAUCGACGUAGUGUUUAACUUAAAUCCCAAUGGCACUCCUUCUGUUCAUUUUACCCUUACCCUAUCUAACACUCCUAACAGCCCUUGAUCAGAGGAGUAGUGAAACCAGCUGUAGCCGACAAAAAGCCCUUUCACACAUGCACUGUAGGCCCGACAUUCUCCAGUUUAUACCCGGGGGUUUGUUGGGAUGCUGGUUUAACGUCAUGACAAGCACCUGUUUUAUUGUCAUUACAUUUGUGUUACUGGCCUAUAGUUUGUAUUUUGCGUAUCUUACGUCAAUGUAAUAUGUUUUCCAAGUCAAAAGAUUUUUGGCUUGGUAAUUGAACUAAAUACUAAGGGAACAUUUGCCUUUAGUAGACUUAAAGGUUGGGUAUGGAAUUCUCUUUUUGAAAAAUUACUGGAAAUCCUUAUCAUAACCCACUUACAGCCACUGAGUUAGAGGAACUGACAUGAAAAUUAAACAAGUCAAUCAUCUGUGGAACGGGCAGGGCUCGAAAACUCCAGCCAAUGAUUUCCAGAACUACCGAGUGGCAUUGGACAGUAAGUACGUCAAUCAAACGUAGUUUGAUUGUAGUUGUAGUGCACUCCCCCUCCCCCGCGUGACCCCUUCGUGCACGUACUCAAAGCUCGUGACCCAGAGCAAGCUUCUGUUUUUUGUUAUCCUGAGGUAGCUACUGGAGCUAGCUAACUAGCUAAUGUUUCGCUCUUGCGCAUCUGUGUUCGCGCUCGUGCAUGAUUGCGCGUCCACGUAUUUGGAAUGGGUGGAGUCAGAGUUGAAGAAGAGGGGGUAGGACCAUUUGAGUUGUGUAUUUUCAAAAUCUGCUGGCGUUUCGCAAAUCCCAUACCCAACCUUUAAUCAAAGCACUUCUUCUUGAAUAACUUGUACUGUAUUGCCAACCACUAAAAAUCCGAGAUCAAUAGCUGCCUUUGAUUUGUAAUUGUAUACAUACACACAAAUUAAUAGAUUUAUGGUGUGUAAUAAAAAACUUCUAAUAAAAGUUGCUGUUGCAAUAUG